AUGGACAGCACCUUCAAGCAGUACAAGAUCAUUUUGGCAAUGUUCUGUACAAUAGAAGAACUAAAGGCAUUGGUGGGUCGACGGAGCCGCCUCAAGGCCAUCAUCACAAGAAUUCUGGAUUGGUCGGAACGAACCCAAACUACAUCAACUACUGAGGUAGCCGCUCGGAUGGAUCACCUCCAGUCCGUGUGGAAGGAAUUUAAUGGAAUUGGGGAUUCCAUAGCCCUACUGGAAGAUGUGGACGGCUAUGUGGAUCCAGAGGUCGAUCAGAAACAAGCAUCAUUGUCAUUGACGGCAAUGGCGCCAUGGUUAGCUGCAAACCAGAGCAGUUCAAACUUGUCGAUGCCCGCUCGCAAUAAGGUGGCUGCUUCGGGUUUGACUUCGGGAAACAACACGACGGCAUUCGUGCAUGGCGGCGAAUUGCUAAAAAUUCAAAUAAAACGGUUCGCUGGACUCUACACAGAGUGGCCAGCUUUUCAGGAUAUCUAUGAGAGCACUAUACACAACAAAAGGGAGUUAACUAACACUCAAAAGUUUCAUCAUUUAAACGCACUGCUCAUCGAUGAUGCUGCCAACUUGGUGCGGCACCUGGCGAUAACUGACACGGCUUACAACACUGCUUGGGAACGCUUAAAGGAAAGAUAUAAUAGGCCACGCCAUAUUGUGAACUCAUUUUUGGAAAAAUUUAUGGGUCUACCAACGACAAACAAAAUUGAUGUGUCCAUCUUACGCAAGGUAUCAGAUGGCACAAAUGAGAUUGUUCGCGGUCUGGAUGCGAUCAAUCAAACAGGACGGGAUUGCUGGAUACAAUAUCUGGUAUUGGAAAAGCUUGACGCUGAUACACGGCGCAGGUGGAUUGAGCGCAGCAUGGGCAUUCAAUAA